AUGUCAGAAGACGAGGAAAAGCGGUUGAAACAGUUAGAAGAUGCGAGAAAGCGGGUGGAAGAGCUGAAGAAUAGACGGAAGAAAAAGGACAAGAAAAAGAAGAAGAACGAUAUCAAGACUGACGAGGUAGGGACUGAAGGUGAAGUUGAACCUUCAGAAAGUAAUGUGGAAGAGGUGGCUGCGGAUCAUGGGGAACAUGAUACUCUAGAUAACCAUGAAUCAGCUGCGGAGAACGAGGAAAAUGUCGAAAACGAGGAACCAAUAAUGCAAGAGAAGUCGACAACCCACGAUGCCACACCAGAUGAAUCUAGUGAUGAAGCAGAUGGUUCUAUGGAGCUAAGUACCACUGAUGGCCUAUCAAUCGAAAAGCCUACGAAUACUGCCAACAACUUGGUUUCGGAAUCAGACCCUGAAAAGUCUAUUCCUGCGAACUCGGAAACAGGUGUCUCAGAACAAGAUCAAGCGUCCUCAAAGCCCAUAAUUCCAGAAGAACCUAUUUCUGUCAACUCUGAAAAGCCUCAAGAAAACAACUCAAGCGCUGACGCACAGGAAGAAGCGUCGGCGCUUUUCCCUGAAGAGUCCUCCACGUUUUUAUCGGAACUAGAACGUGAAAACGACCGCAUGGCACUAUUAGACCUUCAAAAGCAGGUAGGCGAACUUAAUUCUGAGCUUCGAAAACUCAAGUUUUUGAACAUGGAGCAAGAGACCCAUAUAGAGGAGCUACAGGAGACCGUUCAAGAACUUCAAAUGCAACUGAAUACUUCCCAGCAAGCACUCGCGGCUGAGAAGCAACUAAACUUCAACAGGGGUGAAACUGUGAACCAGAAUGCCAGCCCCUGGCCUGUGCCCCCUGUGUCAUCGCCUUAUGUAGUAAAUUCAGCGGUGGAUCGAGAAGCAAUUGACAAGUGGAAAAACUGGAAUGUUGAUAUGACUCAAUGGAGGAGUAUAGGAUCUGGACCAAUCGUAUACUUUUAG